AUAACUAUUCCGCUAUGAAAUAAUUUUAAAAACAUGGACCAAAGCGUCAUAGGUCGGUCGGGUUCGGAGCGGCCCGCGGAUCCCGGAGCUUUCCUUCCUUACGAGCCCGGUAAAGACGACCCUUAUCCCGGGAAUGUGAGCGUGGACUUCCCUGUGUCCGUGGUGCUCCCAGCCGGCGGCACGGGGGAGAGAACCGGCCUCCAGACACCGAAACAGUUCUGCACGUUUCUGGGCAGGCCGCUCAUCAGCUACACGGUCCAGGCCUUUGAGAGAGUGCGGUGGGUCCAGUGUGUUGUGGUGGUCGUGGCUACAGAACACCUCUCCCUGAUGACAGACAUAGUGCAGAGGUACAGACACACCAAGGUCCGGGUGGUACCAGGCGGCUCCACACGGCACCGCUCCAUCCGCCGAGGGGUGCAGGCUCUGGGGGAGUCCGAGGAGCAGACGGAGGCAGGGGCGGCAGGGACGCACCCGCCUAAAGUGGUCAUCAUACACGACGCAGUGAGGCCCUUUGUGGACGAGGACUUCCUGUACAAGAUAGCAAUGGCUGCCAAGGAACAAGGGGCAGCAGGAGCGAUCCGGCCCCUGGUCUCCACAGUGAUUGCCACUACCUCAGAGGGAUACCUGGACCACAGCCUGGAGCGGGUCAAGUACAGAGCCAGCGAGAUGCCACAGGGGUUCAUCUACGACGUCAUCUGCCAAGCCUAUCAGAAGUGCACAGAUUAUGACCUGGACUACGGGACAGAGUGUCUCCAUCUGGCUCUGCAGUACUGUGGCACCAACGCCAAACUGAUCGAGGGCCCGCCCACUCUCUGGAAGGUCACCUAUAAAAGAGACUUGGCUGCUGCAGAGUCCAUUAUAAAAGAGUCCCUGUCCCUGUCCUCCUGUGUCCUCACUGGUGCCUGUUCUGUCUCUCUGUCACUGGCCCAGUCCCUUCAGAAAGCCUUUGGGCCUCUACACAUGAACCUGGACAUCAUUCCUGACGUGCUGGGAGACAAUGCCACGUACCUCCUCAAGGGCUGGAACUUCAUACAAAUAUCUGUGAGUGGCUGUCCAUCAGAAGUGAAGACCUUACUGACGGCCAUAGAAGCAGCAGAUCGUGCUCUCCUCAGCCCUGUGGUGGUCCUCUGGGUGCAUUUGAGUGGUGUGGACGUGUCUUCCAUCAGAGAAACUGUGACAGAGCCAGAAACAAUCAGGGACCUGGCCUCUGACGCCAAACUGAAAAAUAUCCUCGUGUACGGCAUCCAUGUCCAGCACUCCAAGGAUCCAGAGAGCUGGGAGAGGUCAGUGUCACGGCUCGUUGAAAUCACAUCAACUCUGAUCCAAGACCGGACGCCCGCCCUGACGGGACAGCUCCUGCAGGCCUGAGGAAAUAUAAGAACCCUGAACCAGGAGAGAGAGAGGACCCCAGCCCAAACCACAGCCCCCUGCACCAGGAGAGGACCACACUGAGGGGCCUCUGUGGGACUGCUCCUGCAGGCCUAAAACAGGGGGACCUAAACCUUUAAGGCUGUGACCCCCAAAAUAAGUGUAGCUCAGCUCCUGCCUCGUGACGCACUCAACUUAAAGGUCCAACACCUGCAGUUCAUGCAAAUGUAUCAGCGCUAUGUCCUGCAGCAAACUGAAGGCCUGUACACAGCACACAGUGUCCACACAUGUUCAGUGUGUUUCUGUUUACUUCAGCACUAUGCAGCAUUAAUCAUGUGUGACGUAACGUCAUGUUCCUGAAAGCAGUGAAGCUAAAUAACAUUUUAUUAUGCUUUAAUCCUCCCUGCUGUCUUCAGCGCUCAGACUGGAAAGUGAAAGAACAAUUGCUACACAAACCAUGAAACCAUGCCAUGAAAUAACAGGACAAGUGACUGUAAGAAUAAUA